UGUCAUAUCAAGUACAAGUUUAAUACGCAUAGUCUGGAUAAUUCCAUUUUUUUCAUCUCUACGAUUUUUUUACGUCUUAAAAAUGUUUUUAAGAACAAUGUCCUUGGGAUUGAGAUUAAUUAGAGGACAGGAUCGACUGUUGCUAAGGAGAAAUGGGCUUGAGCGCAUCUUGAGGGGGGUUUAUUCAAAUUUCACUUCACGCUGUCCAGGAAUCAGAGGAUUUUCUUCGGAAUUAAAUAUCCCAGAGGAUCUCGAUGAAAUCUUCAGGUUCAAGGACACCAAUAUGAGCAAUUGGAUAGUGGAGAGCAAAGUCCGGACCCUCUGCUGCGUUUAUAAGAAUUUGUCAUUGGAGGAGAAAAAAAAUUUUCUCUGGACACUGGCACACCAGUACUCGGUGGAUCACCGGGAAAUAUGCACAAAGGCUGAGAGGUUACUGGAGAUUGAGGGUAAUGAUGAGAGACAGUUGAUGCUGAAGGAGAGGGCCCUGAAAAAUGCUCUGACUCCCCAAUACCAAUGGCUGUUUGUCCUCAUGGGACGACUAGAAGAGGGAGUGAAAUUUCUCGUUGAUCUUCGCACAGAUGUUUUGCGAUUGUUAUCAGAUGUCAACGAUCCAGAGGAACUUGUAACAAUGCAGCAGUUGAAUCUCACACUUCAUGAUUUGCUAUUGUUGUGGUUCAGCGUUGGAUUCCUGCAUUUAGAGAGGAUAACCUGGCAGAGUUCCUGUGAUAUGCUUCAGAAAAUAUCUGAUUACGAGGCGAUCCAUCCGAUAAAAAGCUGGUUGGAUUUGAAAAAACGAGUGGGACCAUAUCGAAGAUGUUUCGUAUUCACCCAUCCCUCGAUGCCCCGAGAGCCACUAGUAGUUCUCCACACAGCAUUGUGUGAUAUAAUUCCAGGGACUGUAAAAGGAAUAGAGGAAGCCGAGCUCCGAAUGACUCAAAAGGAAGCACUUCCCCCAACCCAAGUCGACACGUGUGAAAUAAAAGCAGCGAUAUUCUACUCCAUAUCAGCCACUCAAAAAGGCUUGAAGGGGAUCGAGCUAGGGAAUUAUCUGAUAAAAGAAGUCGCGAGAGAAGUGACGAGAGAAUUUCCGUUGAUCGACAAGCUCGCCACAAUGUCACCAAUUCCAAAAUUCAGAUUAUGGUUCUUGGAGAAUGUUAAGCAAGAUUCAACGAAAAUCUUCACAAAAGAAGAAUCAGAGGUUUUGAAAAACGCCCUGAAAACCGAGGACUUAGCGUCAGCUCUGAAGAAAUUAUUCAACAAUUCUCUCUGGAUAAACGACAGCGAAUUAGCAAGUCUUCUAAAGACCCCAUUACUGAGAUCAUGCGCCUGGUAUUUAUACCGAGAAAAACGAAGGAAUUACGCCCUGAACAACGUGGCGAAUUUCCACUUGCGAAACGGAGCAAUAAUGUGGCGAAUAAAUUGGCUCGCAGACCCCUCGCCGAGGGGUGCCGAGCAUAGCUGUGGAAUUAUGGUAAAUUACAGAUAUUUUCUCGACGAUACCGAAGACAAUAGUCGUAAUUACAUCGAGCACAAUAUUAUCAAAGCAUCAGAGAGUGUAAUCACAAUAUCAGAAGCUGCUGCAGCCCUGAGACACCCCAAUUAAACACUAGCAUCAAUUUUUAUAGACUACAAUAAUUCAAUUAAAUAUUUUUACUCUUCGAAU